GUGCAGGCAGCCACUGCCGUUGUGGUGGAUCAUCAUCGUUAUUCUUAUUGGAAACGGAGGAGGCAUCCGCGUCAUCACGUCAAUCAGGUGUUUGAUGAGGAGGAGGAGGAGAACGAGGACGAGGACGAGGAGGUUGAGCAUCACCAGCAGCAGCAGCAGGAGGAGGAAGAUUGGAAUGUGCAGGAGGAACUGGAACAGGAUCAGCAACGCAAUGUUUUGCGACGCGUCCACGAUGCAGCCAUGUGGAGCUGAGGAUUCGGUUUACCCAGAUUCAUAGCUGUACCACGUAUAUAUAUAUAACAUAUGUCCCCCCACAUAAUCCCCAAAUUGACACAACACAACACACAUCCAAGAGGGUGAAUCGAUUUGCGUAUGGUGCAAUAACCAAUUUAUGAAGAAUUCUAACUAAUUUCGCUGUCAAAACUUUAGAGCUAAUUACGUUUUAGAGCUGCUCGAAUCAGAAAGAGGUUUUAUUCAUGCAAUAGCCACAGGGACAUUGUCUAGUAUAUGCAUAGGCAUCAGGAAAAUAUCAACUUUAUGGGCGAAAAAGAAAAAGGUACUUGUGUAAUAGGCUUUUGUAAUGGGCUUUAAAAACAUAGAUUCUUAGGAAAAUUAGUUUUCAGUGAUUUAUCAGCUGGUUUUAAAGUAUCUGGUAUUAUUCAAAAGAGAACAAUGUAUAUUUUUUUUUUGAAAAUCCCCAAAUUAUAGUUUUAUAAUGACAUUUUGGAUCUUCCCAAAGGAAAGAAACAAAUUUGGGGUUUUUUUUGUUUGAUUAAGAUAAAAAAGUUAAGGUUUAGCCUAAAAUCAAUAUUGUAUUUAAAGUUUCCAAAGCCAAAUUAUUUAGAAUUAUCCAUAGAAGACUCUUCCAAAUUGUUCUAUUUUACUUUUUUGCAACGCAACCAGGUCGAGCCACCCUAAUAUUUAUACAUAUAUAUUGCUAAUAUAUAUAGAACACAUACUUAUCCUAUAUGUCCACCAUAUAGACAAUUUGCUAUCUCUGUUGCGCUCGUGAUGAUCUUAUAACGUGAUCUUAAGUCUAAAUCAAUGUGUAAAAUGUAAUGUUUGUUUUUCGACUUGCUUCCGUUCAAACCUAUGUAUUCUCCAGUGUGUAAUAUUCCUCCGUUUCCGUUUGUUGUAGUUGUUUAUCUUGUCUCUCGCUCUCUCACUCUGUGUGUCUCUGUCUCUGUUGCUCUCGUGCCCUCUCUGUCAUUCUGCCCGUCUCACUCUGAUCUGUUUAUAAGAAAUGUGUACAAUUUUCGCCCCACUUUUAGUGUAAAAAAGAAGAAAAUCUCAAAUGAACUUGUAACUUGAUGUGAAACACGAAUUGUUUAUUAUAAGUUUUAAUUUUUACAUAUCAUUUAUCCUUAUUGUGUACUUUAAUCUCUGUUUUAACUUUCCGUAUGGCUCAGCACAUUGUAUUUUCUAUUGCGAACCCUAAUUUUAGUUGUAUAGUUUUGCAUUUGAUCUCUCGGCUUUAGUUUUUGCAUUCAAAGCGAAAGAAAAUUCAGUUCCUGUGUAAUGGCAAAGAUAACUUGAGAAAUUGUAUUAUAAUUUAAAGGACUAGGCAAUCAAUGUGCUGCUUUCAUUCGGAAAGAUUUACGUAUGAACCAUAUCUCUGUCACUCGAGGAUCCUACAGUAUUGGCUCCAAAAACCUAAU